AUGCACAACUUCAUCCUGCUGCCGUUGAUCGGCUUAGCCGUCUUGGUGGGAUACAAGACUGUUGCCAUCGUCGUCACCAGAUUCCAAAAUGCUUGUGAGUGCCUUUCCUUCCCUUUCCUUUCCUUGCACUGGAAUUGCCUCUCUCGCGAGCACCUUCACUGACUCUCCCGCAGCCAGAGCCCGUCAACUAGCCUGCCAACCAGCCCCGAAAUCCGACAGCGGCUUCUUCGGCCUCAAGGAACUCAAGGCCCUACAAGCCGCCGACGCAAAACAGCUGUUCCCGGACUAUCUGAUCAAGAGUACCCAAGACAUGACCAAGCGCCUCGGCAGGGAGUGCUCUACCUUCUCCUACAACGUUCUCGGCCAGACGAUCUUCUUCACGUGCGACCCCAAGAACAUCCAGGCCAUGCUCGCCACCCAAUUCCAAGACUUCGAUAUAGGCGCCACACGACGUGCCAUCCUCAUCGAGACGCUUGGAGAUGGCAUCUUCGCGCAAGACGGGAAGAAGUGGGAGCACAGCCGCGCCAUGCUCCGCCCCAACUUUGUGCGAGAACAGAUCUCGGAUCUGGAGAUGGAGGAACGACAUGUCAAAAACCUGAUGCAUGUCCUGCCCGUCCGGAGCGGCGACGGCUGGACCGAGUUCACCGAGAUCCAAACCCUCUUCUUCCGCCUGACCAUCGACACCGCGACCGACUUCCUCUUCGGAGACUCUGUCUUGAGCCAGAUCGCCGAAGCAGACCAGACCACCUCCCAGCCACGAGACGAACGAGCCUUCUCCGGCAACUUUGAUAGUGCACAACUGCACAUGGCGAAGAAGUUUCGUCUCGUCGAUAUGCACUGGUUGUACAAUCCCAAAGAAUACAAGGCAAACCGCACCGUGAUUAAUGAUUUCGUCAAUCACUACGUCGACCUCGCCCUCCAAAAAGGUCUCACGUCCAAAACAUCCCCAGACGAUGAAAAGAAGGGACACUACGUCUUCCUCGAAGCCCUCGCCCAGCAGACCAGCGACCCCGUCGAGCUCCACGCUCAACUGCUCAAUAUCCUCCUCGCAGGCCGAGAUACCACUUCCUCCCUCCUUUCAUGGUGUUUCCAUCAACUCCUCCGCAACCCUCACGUCUUCGCCAAGCUCCGUGCAACCAUCCUCGACACUUUCGGAACCUAUGACGAUCCGAAAGAAGUCACCUUCGCGACACUCAAAUCUUGCCACUAUUUGCAAUAUACUCUCUCGGAAACCCUACGUCUCUGGUCCGUCGUCCCAGGAAAUGCGCGCAGGACGAAUAAACCCACUUCUCUCCCUCGUGGCGGAGGUCCCGAUGGUCUUUCCCCAGUAUUCCUACCCGCUGGUACCCAGGUCGACUUUUCCAUCCACGUAAUGCACCGUCGGAAAGAUCUCUGGGGUCCGGAUGCGGAGGAAUUCAAGCCGGAACGUUUCGUAGGCAGGAGGCACGGAUGGGAAUUCUUACCUUUUAAUGGUGGUCCGAGGAUCUGUAUUGGACAGCAGUUCGCGUUGACCGAGGCGAGCUAUGUCCUCGUGAGAUUGUUGCAGAGGUUCGACAAGAUUGAGGCUGCGCCGGGGUCCUUGGAGGGUGUUGUGAGGAGUAACUUGACCCUGACCAGUUGUCCGGGUGAUAAGGUGACUUUAAGGUUGCAUGAAGCUAGCAAUUGA